AAGUUUAUAUAAAUCCUGAUAUCCGUUUCUGUCUCCUUUUCUUUCUCUGAAUCCUUUUUGUUCUCAAAUUCUCAUUCUCCAGUUUAUUCUUCUGAUUUUGUUCUCAAAUUAACAAUGGGGAUUAGAUCAUUGCUGGGUAAGAAAAAGAAAUUACAGAAUAAUAAUUCAAUGGGGGAUUUGUCAUCAACAUACGAAACACCACCACAAUCACCAUCUAUUUUCAUGAAUUCAUCCAACAAGAAGGUACAAGAAUUCGAAGAGAUUUUCAAGAAGUUUGAUGUGAAUGGUGAUGGGAAGAUAGAAUGGUCUGAAUUAGGGUUGAUAAUGAGUAGUUUAGGACAUAAUGCUGAAGAAGAAGAAUUAAAGAAAAUGGUAAAAGAAGUUGAUUCAGAUGGAGAUGGAUUCAUUGAUUUAGAUGAGUUUAUUGAAUUGAAUACUAUUGAUCCUGAGAAAUUACUCGAAGAUGUUAAAUCUGCUUUUACGAUUUUAGAUGCUAAUGGUGAUGGAUCAAUAUCACCACAGGAAUUACAAAAGGUUUUGAGAAGUUUGGGUGAGAGCCCAACGCUUGAGGAUUGUAAGAAUAUGAUUAAAGGUGUGGAUUGUGAUGGUGAUGGUCUUGUUUCGUUUGAGGAGUUUAAGAAGAUGAUGAUUCGUGGUUCGGCUUGUACUGAUCAUUUUCUACAGAGGAAUGCGAGCAAGAAUGAUAAUCAGGAAGUUCAAGAAUGAUGAUGAUCCGUUUCAUCAUAUGUUAACUUUGUUAGUUUCUGGUAAAUGGAAUAGAUCUACUUUUACAUUUGUUUGUUUUUUUAUGCCUAGGGGUUCUUUAAAUUUGUUAUUCAUUGGAUUCAUUUGAAUUGCAUGCUGAAGUUUAGUUUGAGAUAAUAUGUUAGACAAAAAUUAACAAGACCAAAAGUUAUGAACAUUCUUUUUCUUCUUUGAACUGUAAUUGUGGGCUGGGAAAUGUAUAUUAUACUACUAAGUUUUUUUGUUUCCUAGACUAAUUGUUAGCUAAAUCAAUGUUUGAUUAUGGCGUUGCAUUGUAUUUAUUUGCAGUUAAUAAUUUGACGAAACUUCAAUUUUA